CGCUUCACAGCCCACAAUGCCUCCCACACUGAUCCGACGCUCACUGCUGGGCUUCAAUUAUCUUCCAAGACCUUCAAGAGCGAUAUCGAAAACCCACAAUGUCGAAUUCCGACGAGGCGAGGCGACAUACAGACGCCACAUAAAGAAGCUCUCGAUCCCCCCAGCACCAUCGUUUGGACCGCAGAAACCGACGAAAAUGCCAUUAGACGUACCGUCUUCAUCGCAUGUGAUCUUUAACCCUCCGCCCACGGCUCCCAACGUGUACCACACGCCAUUGAAGUUCCUGCCCAAGAACGACAAGAGACGGCAACUGUACACCGACAGCUCCACGCCCUCGUUGUACACCGUGGCGACCAGCACCAAAGCCGACCCCAAACCCUCGCCCAUCGCCAAACCUGGCACCGCCUUGCACGAGAUCGCACGCUCGAUGCCGUCCUCACUGCUCCCCCGGGUCCCUGACUCGGACCCGAUGCCACCGCCGCUCAACGAGCCCAAGGAGAAGAAAUACCACCUUACACCCGAGCAGGUGGCCGAGAUGCAGGAGCUCCGCAGAAAGGACCACAAGACCUGGACCAUCCGUAGGCUGAGCGAGAAGUACGGGUGCAGCACCCUGUUUGUCCGCAUCGCGGCGAAGAAUUGGCAGGCCGGUAAGGAGCAUGUUGAACGGUUGGAGGCGGCCAAGGCGAGGUGGGGACGAAAGAGGGCGCUUGCAAGGCAAGAUCGGAGAAGAAGGAAGGAACUUUGGGGUAGAGACGCUUGAUGCGGAGUGGAACAGGGUCGGAUCGGCGUGUGUAAAUGCGAAAUCAGGAAGGGAAAGGAGGGGUGGUUCUAAUGUAAGAUAUGCCUUGCAUCGGCUGAAUACGCCAGCGUUCCACUUGGAGAUUUUUGCUAUAUAUAUAUAUAUUGUUCCAAAUGAGGACGGCAUUGCAGGCGUCUAUUACGUAUGCUUGCAUUUUAUAAGGAAAAUAAAAUGCUAUUUUGCGCCGCC